AUGGGUUGUUCAGGAAGAGUUAAGGCGGAUGACAUCCGACCUGAGCAGAAAUGGGAUUUCAUCAGUCUCAAUGACUUCCAUUCAGGUUCUUGUCUUGAAUUCUUCGCAUACGGAUAUCUUUGGAUCUCUCUUGUUAUUUCAGUAGCUGUCUAUGCUGUUGAUACUUUCACCGCAGUCAAUCUCCUAGCUUUCGACAAGUGGUCAGGAACGUUCGAACCACCGGUCGACUUUGAUGUCCAAAAAUGGAUUUUCGCUGGGUGUAUUAUUGCUUCUUGGGUCAAUGUUGGUUUCGAACACCUCCGAGCCAUGCGGGUUAUGAAACGUGGUGCGGUUGCUGAGAGUUACUUGGACUCAUUGGCUAUCAGACUGCAGAGUAUCCGCGUCGGCAAAGGACGAGGUUGGAGACGUUUCUUGGUCUUCUCUGAACUGACCAAGUCAAAAAAGGGUGCUGAAUACGUUGCACUAUUUACAUAUUUCAGUUUCCAAUCUUGGAUUCGAAUCAUUCUUUGUCAAGGACCUCGCCAAGUUCUCAACUCCCUCACUCUUUGGUCAGUCGUCAAGGCGAACAUCGACGGAGAUGCUCAGAACGCUGGCUCGGCCAUUCUCACGUUCUUUAAGAACCUAGGAAAGCUUGCAGAAGAGAACAACCAACAAGCUGUCGUUCUCUCGGGUAUGGCUUUUACUCUGGUCAUUUGGGUAGUUGGAGCAUUGUCCCUCCUUCUCUCUGCCCUCUUCUACGUUCUUUUCCUCUGGCACUACAUCCCAAACGCAGAUGGAGGACUUUCAGGCUACUGUGAGCGUAAGAUUAACCGUCGGUUGGCAGCCAUUGUCAGCGUCAAAGUCAACAAAGCUCUGGAAGAGGAAGAACGAAAGCGAGUCAAAGCAGACGCGAAGGCAGCCAAGAAGGGAGAGAAGCCAUUAGGUCGACAAGCAACUCUGCCGACCAUGUUUGAUCAGAAGACAGGCGACAAUCUUCCUCCAAUGCCGAUGAUGAAUCGCAACGAUACCAUGACAACUCUACCAGUCUACUCGAGCAGACCUGGAACUCCGAGUGGCCAGCCUCCACUCCCAGGCCUGGAGCUUGAUCUUUUAGACCAGAAACGUCCCGGCGGACCAUCUCGAAAUGUUACUGGAUCAUCAUUUGCCUCGAAUGCACCUCUUAUGGGAAAUGCUUCUGACAUGGGAUUCGCUCGUUCGGGCUCUCCGGCACCUUCGCUUCCACCUCUAGACACCAAUGGUUACCCAGCUCCUCCACAACGUACCAUGACAGCAAAUUCAACCAACAGUAGCAAUUGGAGUCGUGGUCCGCAACCACCUAGGAUGCCAAGUGCCAUGGGAGACCGAGGUUAUACCGCGAGCCCAGUCUCUUAUGACACUGGGUCUCCAAUGACUGGCCCUUCCAUGGAUCAGUAUGGCCGCCCAUUACCUCGAGCAGUUGGUGAAUUGAGAUCAAACACACCGGCUGGACCUGCGCCAAGCAUGGGCCGCCGAACACCAUUUGAUCAAGGUCACGGCUCCAAUCCCUCAAAAGGAUCGGUCGACAACUUUGGACGCAGUUCACCAGCUCCAACCUCAGCGGGCUACCAGCCAUACAACCCCAGUGUACGAAGUGCUUCUCCCGGUCCCGGAACGGCCAAUUUCCCUAGUAACGCACCCCAGUAUCGUAACAUGACGGAUCCUGGCCAGCGUGGACCUCAAGCUGAUUAUUUCGGCGGUGCGCCCCAGAUUCCGAGACCGGGCACGGGUCAGCAAGUUGGACCUCGUGGAGUUGGUGGAUCGGUCGGCCCUUCGAAUGGCAUCUCCAGGCUUGCGAGCCCCGCGCCAUAUAACCAAAGUCCUAACUUCAUGGGCCCUGGUGCACCAUCUUACAGACGAUAG